UUGCACAACCUCAAUAAUGUAAAUAUCAGAAGCGCAUCUGUCAACAUGGCGGCCAAUUUUUAAAAGGGCUAUCACCUCUCUUUCUCCACCUUCUCCCCCAUUUCUUUUUUUCUUCACAUCACCAUCUAAACCCCUUCUCUCUCUCUUCCUUCUUGUUCUCCUCUAUGGUCAUCAUCUUUGCCGGCAUCUGAAUAUCCUUGGUGAUUAAGGGCAUCCAGUAAGUACAGAAAUCAGCUCUCUUGCGGCGGCUGCAAAUUAAGAGCAACAAUGGACAGUAGGUUCAACAUCAACCCUCUGAUGACUGAGCAAGAAGAAAAUGAUAAUAGUGCUCAGGAAAGCGGUCCAGAAUCACCUCCUUCUAACGAUAUGAAGAUGCCUUCUACUUCCUCUCCCAAACGAAGUAAGAAGGCCAUGCAAAAAAGAGUUGUCUCAGUGCCAAUCAAGGACUUAGAAGGCUCCAGACUGAAGGGCGAAAAUGCUUCACCGCCGUCUGAUUCUUGGGCUUGGAGAAAGUAUGGCCAAAAGCCAAUCAAAGGCUCACCUUACCCCAGAGGCUACUAUAGGUGUAGUAGUUCAAAAGGCUGUCCAGCUAGAAAACAAGUAGAGAGGAGUAAAGUGGACCCAACAAUGCUAGUUAUCACCUACUCCUGUGAACACAACCACCCUUGGCCACCUCCUUCUAGAUCCCACAACCACCAUAAGAACCACCAUAACUCCUCCUCUCCAAAACACAACACUACCACCAAACCCGAAGUCUCCACAACCCAUCCUGAUAACCCAGAGCCUGAGCAUGAAGAAAAGUUCACGGAUCUUGGAAACGACGGGUCACUCAUAUCUACCACUACAACUUCAGAUGAAUUUUCUUGGUUUGGUGAAAUCGAGACAACCUCUUCAACUAUACUUGAGACACCUUUUUUUGCCGAGGGAGAGGCAGAUGCUGACAUGACAUCAAUGUUUUUCCCGAUGAGAGAUGAGGAUGAGUCGUUGUUUGCCGAUCUUGGAGAGUUGCCGGAGUGCUCGUCGGUGUUCAGGCAUCAGCGUAGUGGUGUUGGACCACAGGUUCAGAUCUGCUGACGACACGUCGUUUAUUAACGUGUUAUAAAAUUGAAAGGUGUGUGUUUGAUAGCACCACGAGAUAACAAAGAAGAGGAAAGAAACAAUCUUUUUUUUCUUUUUCUUUUUAAUAUUCUUCUUUGCCUUGUAUUUCAGUGUAGUAAGUGAAUAAAACUCCAAUUCUGAAA